UUAACGAAUUUUUUCAGGACAAAUUCAUUUCUGGUUUUAUAAACCCCAAAAUGAUGAAGGUGAAGAGCAGUCACACUUGUUCAGUGUAUGGUUGUGGUGGAAGAACAAACCCUGUGUUCAAUUUUCCCAAUCCAAGGAAGAGUUUGGAUAGGUUUUAUAAAUGGGUCCAAGCAGUUAACAAUCCGAGAUUUUCAAAACUGACAUAUGAACAGAUCUACAGCCGUGGAUAUGUUUGUCACAAACACUUCCAAACGGAAGAUUUUGUAGUCGAAACACAACAGCGAAGAUUGGUUGGAUCUGCAGUACCCAGUGUUUUACUUCCUAAAAAUGAUGCCGCAUUCACGGGGUCCGCAAAAUCAGGUAUUUCCAUUACUGAGAUAAGUGAAGACAAAUCUGAUCUCCAAAUGGCAGAGGAAGCAGAAAUUUUGAAUAAUUUGCAUCUGUUUGAUGCUAGAUUUCUCGACCUUCCUGAAACGAAGACACCGAUAAUAUCGUAUCCAUUUGAUAUUUCAACAGCCGUAGAACAUUGUGACACCAUUAUAAGUCAACCAAUGAGGAUGCCGGUUUAUAUUAAUAAAAAACAGAAUAGUGACGAACCAAUUCGCGAUGAUAGUCAUGUGGUGGAAAGUCCGAGUGAGAUACAAAUACAAAAUUUACCCAUAUAUCAAUCAAAUCAAGAAGAAAUAGUAGGGGAUGACUUUGAACCAUUUGCAUCAAAUGUUCAAGGAAUUGAAAAACCUAACGUUCAAAAAAAUAAAAGAAACUGUAAGAAUGUACGAACCAUAAAUGGAGAAAAAGAAUCCUCAACAACGCCUUUAAUAUUUACGAAACCGUAUUUUAGAUCUGUUAAAAGUUACUUGAAAGAUUGUAAUCGGAUGACAGAAGUAUGCCGCAUUUGUUUUUGUUCUUUAGAUGAUAAGGAAGUUAUCAAGUUAUACGAAGACACAUCAGACCAAGAUUCCAUGCAAAUAAAAAGUAUGCUGAAAUUUGUAUUACCUGACUUAGACUUAGAAAUGUACCCCAAUACUGUGAUUUGUACCAAAUGUGUUGAGUUAGUGCUACAUAGUUACCAGUUAAAAGAAAAGUGGCUGCUAACUGAAGAAAAGUUACAAAAAAUUAUCGAAAAAAAGAAAGGUGUAAUUAGUAGCGUUGCAGACUUGGUUAUCAUUGGGAAAUUAUUGACAGACAAGAAAGUGCAGAAUUUUGAAGACAUUCCUCGUAGUGAACAAGAAGGGACACAAAAAAAUUUGACUGAGUCAAUUGUGGAAAAUCUUUUGCAGCCGAGCGAGAAGGGUACCCCAGUAUCGGUUUUCUAUGGACAACUUAACUUAAAUGAGGAACACAGAAAUAAUAUGCCAGUGCAUCAAAAAAACAAAAAAAGAAGUUCUGAGAAGCAAACGUAUGGUACAGGGCCUUUUAUGUGUGAGCAGUGUGGUCAUAUGGUUACGAAUGUUAAAUCUUUGAAAAGACAUUUGAUUAAGCACAAUAUUCCCAAAGAGAAAAGGAUAAGACGAAAAGAGGAUAAGAGUAAACAACGUGAAUUUAUGUGUGAAGUUUGCGGACAGUUGUUUUUUAAUCCGAGUCAUUUGAGAAGACAUGCCUCGAAACAUGCAGAAUAUGCAUGUUCUUUUUGUAACAAAGUCUUCAACCACCAAUUCCGCUUGCGGGAGCACAUUAAAUGUACACAUAUACGAAAUUGUUACCAGUGUCACCUUUGUGGAAAACAGGUGUCUUACGCACGUUCUUUACAAAUGCACAUGAUGGUUCAUUAUCCCAAACCAAAACAUCGGGCGUGCCACAUUUGUGGCAAGAAAUUCCGCUACCCUUGUAAUUUAAAUAACCAUUUGCGCACUCAUACUCGAGAAAAAUUGCUACAUUGUGAAUAUUGCGGUAGAUCUCUUAAACACGAGUUUUCGUUACGAAAACAUAUUCAAAUUUAUCAUAUGAAUCAAGGCAAAAAUGUUUGUGAAGUUUGUAAUAAGCCAUAUUGGAAAAAAUGUGAUUUAGAAAAGCAUAAAAUUCGUUGUCACGGUGGGAGCAUUUGUAACAGAAGGGAAUCCAACAAACAAGGUAAUGGAGAAGUAAUAUCUGCUGAAGAAAUCUACGCAGAUCACGAUUAUUACUCAGUAGUGUAUGAAGAUUAAAUUUGUUAAAAGCUUGUACGUUUUACAUUUUUUAUAUAAAAAAUCAAAAUAUACAUAAAAUAGUUUAAAAUAAUAAAAUUUGUUUUGUGUUUA